CAUUGUGGGUAGACUAGCUGUAUUAAUAUACAUUUAAAAAAUCCUCACUAUUUGUAAGUUUGCUACAAUAUCCAUGUGUGACGAUCAGGAACAUUUCACAAGUUUGAGUUACACACUCAGCAUUGGAAUCAAUAUGGGCCAGCAUCCCUGUGGAAUGCUUUUGACACCUUGUGGAGUCCAUGCCCUGAUGAUUUGAGCCUAUAAAGGGAGGGGGGGGUCGUCAACUCAGUAUAAGGAAGGUGUUCUUAAUGUCUUGUACACUCAGUGUAUGACUUGAAUGUGAGUUUGAAAUCUUUGGUCAAUCGUAUGCAUAUGGUCGCUUAUGGACCAUAAUGGACUUCACCAUCAUCUCAGUACAAUGGUAGACCCGAAAGAAACACAAUCACACCACUCUCACUUGAGUAUCUUACCUAGUUAUUUUCAGACCUAAUUUUGCUCUUUUGUAGCUUUGUCAACUAUGUGUGUGUGUGUUUUCUAUACCAGUUUACGCCACUCCCCGUAGGCUUUACAGACACUCCCCGUAGGCUUUACAGACACUCCCCGUAGGCUUUACAGACACUCCCCACCCCUUGGCUACAACCCUUUUAAUUUAGUUUACUCUGUGGGCACAACCCAUGUGGAUUCCUAGUCUCUGGCAGCGUUUGGAACUGCUGAUCUGCGGUCAAGAAUGCAGAGUUCAUCUCAGCCUCUGCUGACCUUCGGUCCCUUGACUUUUUGGCCCUGACAGAGACAUGGAUCACCCCUGAGAACACUUACUCCAGCCGCUCUCCAUCUGACUAUGUUUUCUCUCCUAGUCCGAGAGCAUCUGGUUGUCGUGGUGGUGGAACAGGGCUACUCAUUUCUCCUGAAGUGGAGAUUUUCUAAAUUUCUCUACUCACCUGUCCAUCUCCUCAUUUGAUUUCCAUGCUGUCACUCACUUGUCCGCUCAAGCUUAACAUUGUCAUCUAUUGCCCACCAGGUGCUCUUAGAGUUCCUCAAUGAGCUUGACACCUUAAUAAACUAAUUUCCUGACAAUGGCUCACCUCUCUUCAUACUUACCGACUUCAACCUCUCUACGUCUGCCUUAAUUUAUUUCCAACCUUGCCUCUUUUGACCUCACCCUUUCCCAGUCCCCUUCCCACUUUCCCAGUCCCCUUCCCACUUUCCCAGUCCCCUUCCCACUUUCCCAGUCCCCCUCCCACUCCCAGUCCCCCUCCCACUCACAAGGAGGUCAAGCGUAUUACCUGCAUCUUAACUAGAGGCUGUUCACCUACUAAUUACACUGCAACCCCCCUCCAGGUCUCUGAUCACUACUUUGUUUCAUUUUCUGUCUCCCUCUCCUCCAACACUAACCACUCAGCCCCUACCCAGAUGGUCAUGCGCAGCUGAAAUCUUCGCUACUUUCUCCUCUUCUAUCCUAUCAUCUCCCUUCUGCUAAAUAAUUCUCCCUCCUGAUUCUGCCUCUUCGACCCUACUAUUCUCCCUUUCCGCAGUCACUCCCCUCCUUAAGAAACCAACACUAAACCCUUCUGACGUCAAACUAUGGACCGGUGUUCCUUUAUUUGAUUUCCAUAACACUAGAGCGUGGUGUCUCUGACCAACUCUCUCGCUAUCUCAGAACAAUCUUCUUGACCCUAACCAAGACUGCUCUUCUCUGCGUCAGUCUCUCCUCACUGCCAAAGCUGACUCUCUCCUCUUCUCAUCCUCCUAAAUCUAUCCUCAGACUUCGACACCGUAAACCAUCAGAUCCCCCUCUCCACCCUCAGGGCUGGGCGUCUCAGGCUCUGCACACUCUUGGAUUGCAUCCUACCUGGCAGGCCGCUCUUACCACUGACAUGGAGAGGAUCAGUGUCUGCUCCACGUACUCUCACUACUGGUGUCCCCCAGGGCUUGGUUCUUGGCCCUCUUCUCUCUAUACACCAAGCCACUCUGCUCUGUCAUAUCCUCACAUGGUCUCUCCUAUCGUUGCUAUUCUAAUGACUUUCAAGUACUUUUUUCUUUCCCCCCCUUCUGACACCCAGGUGGCGACACGCAUCUCUGCAUGUCAGGCCGAUAACUCCGCUUGGAUGUGGUCCUACCACCUCAAGCUCAACCUCGACAAGACGGAGCUGCUUUUCCUCCCGGCAAACAUCAAAGCAGUGGUUCACUCCUGCAGGUUCAUGCUCUAUAACAUCCGUGGAGUACGACCCUACCUCUCACCGGAAGUGGCGCGUGUCCAAAUCCAGCUACUUGAUAUCUCCAGUCUGGACAACUGCAUCUUACUGUUGGCUUGUGCCGUCAAACCCCUGCAACUUAUCCAGAAUGCUGCAGCCCGGCUGGUGUUCAACCUUCCCAGGUUAUCCCAUACUCCUCCAGUCGAAGCUCGCAUCAACUACAAGAUCAUGGUACUUGCAUGUCUCUCCAUACCUUCAGGCUAUGCUGAAACCCUACACCAGGGUUCCUUGACUGGCAGUCUGUGGGCCGAAGUUUUCUGAGCAAAAAUACAUGUAAUUUUUUCACAUUUUCAUUGUCAGACAUUAAAUACUUUAAAAACACCUUGAAAUCAGCUUCAAUUGAUUUUUCAUUUUGAGAAUCUAUUCCCAAGUAUUCCCACGCAUAGUAGAGACACGUGAUCGUAUACAAAUGUAUUGAAAUGAUCAUGUUUUAGUCAAAUUGUAUAUCUGUUUGGGAUUCUAGCAUUCUGUUCUGCCACCUCUGGUCUCUUGGGCCUCUCGCCCCCCUACUAGUGCUGACUUUGCUGAUAGCUACUUUAUUGAGGAACAUCUUACUUAGUAUGACUGAUAUGUGGUCCCACCUAGUUAUCUUAAGAUGAAUGCACUAACUGUAAGUCGCUCUGGAUAAGAGCGUCCGCUAAGUGACUAAAAUGUCAAUGUAAAUCAGCUGGUAUGAGGAAGAGAUAUAACUUGAAUCAGGGAAGAGAUGAUCUGAUAUGUGCUUGUUUCCA